AUGAAGCGCAAUCGUUGGGGCAAGAACAAGGAUAUUAAGGCCGCGCAGCCUACUGCUGCGAGUGCUGGGAAUCACGACGGUGGAGCACAAGAGAACGACGACCAUGCUUUAGCCGAAGCAGACGACAACUUCGUCACAACCGUCGACGAUGUAGUGGAGUAUCCUAGGAAGCGGCUCAAGCGCCACUCCAUGAGCUCACAGCAGCAACAGCAAUUACCUUACAGGAACGACUGCGGUGAAUUGGCGCUGAAAAGCUAUGUCAAACUUCCUUUAGCAGACAUGCUCAAGAGCGAUGACUACAGUGCCGAUUUGAGGGCUUGCUUGAUUGGUGGUGGGAUCUACAUCGAGCAAUUCUUUCGGGAUCCGAAGGGAUUGGUGAUGGAUACGAUCCUGGCAGAGGUAGUGGCGAGCGACAAUCAGCAGGACGAAGGGACGAUGGGCGAAGACAGUAGUGAUGGAAAAAAUGGUUUAUCUGCACACAUCACGGAUGCACCAGAAUUCAGGGCUCCUGCAGCAGCUGCCAAUAGCAAUACGACCACCACCAGCGCAGCAGGAGGACCCGCAGGAGGAGGCGCUCCUAAGACGAAAGCUUGGUCGAAGCAUCAGGUGAUCGAAAAUUGCAGUGAGAAGAGUGUCACUUUUGCCAGGAUCAUCGCUGUUCUAGAGGAGUAUUUCGACGUGGACAUCUUCGCUACCCGCUUGAACUACUACGAAAACCAGGAGCACUGGAAGCCCUUUCACAAGGACUCGCACGCUUAUGGCGCAAAUGGUAUGAAGGAGGAUUUCACGGUAGGCGUCAGUUUUGGCGCAGAACGAGCACUAGAGUUCCAGCAUGACGAUUGCACUGCCUUUCGAUUCGCGUUUCCGCAAAGGAAUGGUGACGUUUUUGCGUUUAGUGACGUUGUGAACAAAAAAUUCAAGCAUGGAGUGCCGAAAAUGACGAGUGGGGAGAAGCGGGGUGCGAGGAUAUCGAUCAUUGGCUGGGGGAGAAGAAGAAAAAUGACAAAACGGAAUGGAGGGAUUGCGGAGGGGGCUUGAUUUCUUUGACUCUGCCAUAUCCUUCGACGAACACACAGUUGUAUUCAUCUUCCCCAACCAACUCACUGCACAGGAUGAAUUGGUAAACUUGCUGCACUUGGAGCAUACAUCACCAUCGGAGUAAUAUCCAAGAUGAUGAGCCGCUUGUAAAGUUGUGAAUCUUCAAUAUGCAUAAU